AUGCACAUAGUACGAAUUUCCUUUGUUGCCAAUUCCGGGAAGACAAGGCGACGUCGAUGCCGUACUGAUGGUAUACUUAAUGGUGAUAAAGGUCAGUCAAUAUCUCAUGACAUGAAGGCAAGGAGGUUAAAAUGGGCAGGGCAUGUAGCUCAUAGCAAUCCAUCAGGACGCCUUUACACGACAACGAAUGCCAGAGUAGUGGGCAAGAGACCACAUGCGGGGGCCAAAAACCACAUGGAUAGAUAG